GUAUGUUCACAACGACUGUGACAGCGCAGUGGACUUUGGAGCCUUCACUCCUCAGCAGCAGGCAGAGUAUGUGUGCUCUGUUUGCAAAGACAGACCUCCAGACGAUGUGCCGAUGGAGACCAACCUGACUGAGAGUCUGAACAGUAUGAUUGAGGAGACAGACCUGGUGGACAUGCAGGACUUCAGUAUAUUUCAACAGACAGAAGGGUCAGUCAACGAGGAGAGCCUCCAGGAGGCGGACCUGCAGAGUUCCCAGGAGUCCCUGCUGCUGGACGAUAACUCCAUGUCCAGUAUGGACAUUGAUCUCAACGUGCUGGAAAAGGGGGCAGCACAGUUAGCACAGUUAACCAAUCAGCAGUCCCCUCAUCUGUCCGCCAUGUUGAAAAGUGGCUCUGGGGCGGUGGCGGCAGCUUCCAAGAUAGCAGGGCCCGGCAAGGGGAAGCCGUCUUCUGUAGGGAAGAAGAAGGUUCCCAGCACAAACACUGGGAGAGCAAGGAGCACUGGUAAAAAGGCCCAGAAGCGCCCCACUGGCACAGGGGAAAAGAAACGUCCGGCGGUGAAGUUAAAAAACAAAGGUGGUGGCGGGGGUGGUGCCAGCAGUGGUGCCAGUGGAGGACAGGCAGCAGCUAGCACCACUCAGGUGAGCGCCUCCUCUAACACAGACAGUGGAAAGGAGGAUGACCAUCACUCCACUGUGGUGGUGUGCUCCAAGGACGAUGACUAUGUGCUCAAACAGGAUAUGUGUUAUAGCUGUGGUAGCUAUGGUAAAGGAGAUGAAGGCAAACUGAUAGUGUGUACACAGUGUGGACAGUGCUACCACUCUUACUGUGUGCAGAUCAGGCCUACGCAGGUAGUAUUGAAGAAGGGCUGGCGUUGUCUAGACUGCACCGUGUGUGAGGGUUGUGGGAAGCCACAUGAUGAGGGGCGUCUCCUUCUUUGUGACGAUUGCGACAUCAGCUAUCACAUCUACUGCUUAGACCCCCCUCUGGAUCAUGUGCCCAAGGGAAACUGGAAGUGUAAAUGGUGUGUUAUUUGUUACACCUGUGGCUCCACCACCCCAGGAUAUGGUGGUCAGUGGCAGAGUAACUACACCCAGUGUGGACCGUGUCAUAGCCUGACCGCAUGUCCAGUGUGCAAGAAACAUUACAAGGAGGAGGAACUCAUUAUACAGUGCUGUCACUGCGACAGGUGGCUACACAGUAUUUGCGAUGGAAUGAAGAAUGAGGAUGAUACGGAAAGGGCAGCAGAUGCAGGUUAUCACUGUCUUAUGUGCAGACCUAAAACUGGGGCGCCACCGCCUCCUCCCCCACCUCCGCCACCCAAAGUUGAGUCCCUCCCAGCCUCCCCUAUCCACAAGGAGAUGGACACCCCAAAGAGCCCCUCUGUCCAGUUUGUCGUGGACGGGAUAUGUCUGUCCGAGAGUGGCAUGGAGCAGAUCAAGGCACUGACCGUACCUCCACCUCCAGCCAAAAAGAGACAGCGCAGACCCUCCAAACUUCCUGGGGACUCGUUUAAACACCCCCAUAUGGCUGGUCUGCUCAGCCCAGGGGAGAAGUCUGAGCAAGGGGACUUCAUUGAAGGAAAAGAGUAUGAUCAUAUUAUGGAUGAAGAAACAAAAUCCAUAGCAGAAGAAACUGCUGAGAUAGCAGCAGUGAAGUCCCCCGAGGUACCUGGAAUACCAGAAAAGAAAAAACGGCAGAGGAAACCUUUCAAGCCAGGAGUAGGGGGCUUCAUUGCCAAACCUAGGGCUAGAAGUCACAUGAUCAAGAAGACAUUGUUGGCAAAGGCUGCUGGGAUAGAUCUACCUCAGCAGAGAGAUACCUCACCCACAAAAAUGGAAGGUGGAGAUGGGGAAGGAUUAGAUGAUAAAACAAAGAAAGCCAAAAGACAAAGAAGAAUAAAAAAGAAAAGUAACUUGGAAGAAAAUUUCCCAGCUUAUAUACAGGAGGCCUUUUUUGGCAAGAUCUUAUUGGACAAGAGCAAAACUCCUGACGAAGGUAGUCAGUUGGGUGGGGAAGCCCCUGCGGUGGCCGAGACAGGCGAGCAGUCCCCGCAGAAAGCAGCCAGUCUAGAGCGCAGUGAUGGGUUCACUGUGAACAUCUCACCUACACAGGCAGCAUCAGCAUCAACAGCUUCCAACACACAGAAACAGCAGCAGCAACAAGAACAAGGGGAAGACCUAGAUGACCUGAAGGACAUCUUGGGUGGUGUUGACCUCAGCCACGAUGUCCAUGAUGAUGAGCUGAUGGACAUCUUGGACAGUGAGGACAUCUCUAAGGACGAGGAAUUGAUGGGUGGACAGCACGGGGAACAGGACAUGGACAAGAUGGAUGUGGACAAAGUGCUGUCUAGUCUUGCCCAGAUUGACAGUAAAACAGUGGAGGAUUUAUUUAAAGGAGUCCUGGAACACAAUCCCCUGACUAGUCCGGGUGCAGAGGGGGAUGGUAACUUUAACCUCCCACCUCUAAUGAGUCCCACAUUGCAGCAGCCUCAGCAGUCACAGGGUCAAGUUCAGAUGGAAGGUCAAGGUCAGGCAAGGCCAAACCAAGGUCAGCGGCAGCCAGAGACUGGGUUACAUGUGCACAGUCCAAUGCAAGGUCAAAGCAUGAUGCCAAUGCCACCCCAGUCAGGUCACGAUCAGCAGUUAAGGCUUCCAGGUCAUGGACCCAUGCAUAUGGGUCAAGGUGAAGGUCACAGUCCUGGUGGAAUGUCACCAAGGUCAGGGCCACCACCAUUUGGAAUGCCACCACACUCACCAUAUGGAGGGGAAAUGGGCAGUGGUCAGUUUAGCCCAGGCUUUGCAGGGGGUCCAGCAACCCCACAGUGGCCCCACCUACCAGGUGACGACUUUGAACCAGACAGCGCCUCGCAGAACAAACGCAAUUUGGCCAAAUGGGAGCAUGAUGAGCCAAUGGGAGACAAGGCGACUAUUACCCCGGUCCUGUACUGUAACAUCAUGCAUCCUGAGCUGAAGACGCAGUACCCUGAGUGGUCGGAGAGGAUUAAACAGAUCACUAAACUGUGGAGAAAGGUCCCAACAGAGGAGAAGCAGCCAUAUUUGCAAAAAGCCAGAGAGAACAGAGCCAGCAGUCGACUCUCCAAAGCCCAGAAGAUACAGGACAUCAGGAAGAAGCAGCAGGACCCCUCAGCUGCAGGAGGGAUGCCACCCCCUGGUAUGCCUCCCCCUCCCCCAGGGAUGCCACCAACGGGCAUGCUCCCUCCCCCACCCCCGCCCCACCCCCAGGCUCAUGUGCCGGGGCCGAAGAGCCAGGAGCAGUUGGAGAGGGAGCAGAAGUUUCAGGAGCAGGAGAGGCAGUGGAAGCUGCUGCAGCAGAUCCGGGCACAGGAGAGGAAGAUGGAGUUGGAAGCCCUGAACUCGGACAGUCCACGUGGGUCUAUGACUCCUGGGAGUACACAGGGUUCACCACACCCCAGCACUCCAGAGAGCCAAGGUGUGCCCCCAUUUGGGCCCCAACAACAGCAACAACAGCCUCCACCCCAGCAGCAGCAGUGGGACCCCUAUGCCAUGCCCCCAGGGACACCCAGACCAGGUAGUCAGGAUGGGGGGAACGCCAACAAGCCAGACAACUUAAACAACCAGCCAGGGGCCUCUCCUCAGUACUCUCAGUCUCAAAUGGGAAUGCCCCCAGGAAGGCCUGGAGAACAGAGAAUGCCCGGAGAACAGAGAAUGCCCCCUGACCCGUACAGCCAACCCCCAGGGACCCCACAACCUGGUGGGCCACACCCGGGUCAGGGGAGGCCACAAGAGGGAUAUCCAGGCCCUCCUCCACAGCAAGCCCUCAAGGUCAUGCCAGAUCCUUAUGCCCAGCCCCCUCAUACACCAAGACCCCCAGGACCUGAGGACCCCUAUGCCAGACAGCCAAUGACACCAAGACCACAACAACAACAACAGCAACAGCACCCUAUGGCUCCUCACAUGCAGGGCCCACCACAUCCAGGCCAUGGCCUUCCCCCAGGGCACCAGCAGGGCCCGAGACCAGGAGUACCUUACAGCCAGGCCCAGGGUAUGCCUACACAUCCAGGGGAUCCCUUCAAUAGACCCCCUGGUGGGCCUAGACCCCCUCAUGAUGUGUGGCAUGGGCCCCACCCUGGGAUGCCCCACCCCUACAGCCAGGCAGGGGGAGUACCACACCCAACCAGCCCCAGGGAAUUUCGGCUACCAGGGCCCGGCAUGAUACGCCCCAAGGAGGGAGGGUACGGACAGGGUGGCAUGGCGCCCACUCCGCGUCCCCCUACCAGUGGUCAGAACAGUCAGCUGCAGCAGAUGCUGUCCACCGCGCCCAGGUUUGCUGACCCCAACCUCCAGGGACUGGACCCCAGCACGUCCACUGCAGUCCUUCACCAAAUGUUCUCCAGUCAGAGGUUAUAUUACCUCAGUCAAAGACAUCAACAGCCACAGGGUAGAAAUGCCACUGACUCUACCGUGUAUAAAACAGGGGCAGGGCCAGGAGAUGGAGAUCCCAAGUCAGAUGCACACCGCCAGCACCUGCGUGAGCUCCUUGCCACCAAGGCCAAGGAGAGCCAGAAACAGAAGCAGAUGGAGCAGCAGUUCAGAGAUGGUGGAGGAGCCAAUGUACCUUUACACCAUUGGCCCAGUGAAGAGGAAUUAGGACCACAGCAACCACAAGGUUCACAAGGUCAAAUGUCAGUAUCCCAAGGUCAGAUGCCAGUAUCCCAAGGUCAGAUGCCAGGCCCCCAAGGUCAGAUGCCAGGCCCUCAAGGUCAGAUAUCAGGUCCUCAAGGACAGAUGCCUGGUCCUCAAGGACAGAUGCCUGGUCCUCAAGGACAGAUGCCUGGUCCUCAAGGACAGAUGCCUGGUCCUCAAGGUCAAAUACCUGGUCCUCAAGGUCAAAUGCCAGGUCCUCAAGGCCAGAUGCAAAGGCCUCAAGGUCAAAUGCCAAUACCUCAGGGUCAGAUGCCAGGUCAGAUAUCCGGCAUGCCUAGGCCCCCACCCCCAGGGUAUCCAGGUGCUCAGUUUGGCCCACGUGGACCCCAGGGAGAGGGGGGCUGGCAGGAACAAAUGAUGAGACCACCACACCCUGGACAAAUAAGACCAGAUAUGGAAGGUUUUGGCCCCAGGGGUCCCCAGGGGGAGGUGAUGAGAGGUCCAGGUCCUGAGAUGAUGAGACCAGGGUACCCAGGUCAGUGGAGGAUGACACCCCCUGGAAUGCAGGGACCCAUGCCACCCCAUGGUGGACCCUAUCCACAGGGACAGUAUCCCCCAGGGUUUAACCCCAGACACCCGGGACAGCCCCCAUGGGAGUUCCAUCCUCAACAUAUGACGCCAGCUGAACAACACAGGACACCAUAUUUGAAGAUGUUUCAGGAGAGACUGAGGCAAACACAGUUACAAGCUGCCCAACAGCAACAACAAUUACAGCAGCAGCAACAACAACAACAGCAACAACAACAACAACAGCAACAGCAGCAACAACAAGGAACUCCUGGGACACCCCCUCACACCUCGGGGAAUCCUCUAGACCCCUAUGACCACCUGGUGCGGCAGAAGAUGCAGGGAACACCCCCUGCAGUAGGUGAAGCAAGGGUACCACCACACCCGCCUUCUAGACCCUCAAGUCAGCAGGCUUCACCCAGGGGGACACCCUACUCUACACCUCCUACAACUCCUCACCCGGGUCAGUCUACACCAUCUGCCAAUCACGGACAGCAAGGUCAAAGUCUGCAAAGUCAAGGACAGUCAGGUCAAGGUCAGGCAAGUCAAGGUCAGGCUUUACAAGAUCAAGAUCAGAUGACGCAAGGCCAGAGUCAGCAAGGGCAGAAAAAAGAUGGAUUAGAUGAGUUACUGCCUUCAGAUAACCUGAAUCUAUCAGAUUACUCUGACCCUGAGAUCCAGAGGGCGCUUUCAGAGGCCCAAGACAAGACCAUCUUUGAUGAACACCUAGGUCUCAGAGAAGAUGCAGAGAAAUCUGCUGCAGAAGAAACCUCUGGAAGAGUGGGUGCGUUCCAGGCACAGUUCCUGGAGUUCAGUAAAAAGAACAGUAAUAAGGAGAGUGAGGGAAAUGUGGAAGAUUCUGUAGGGCAAGAAAUGCCAGGAGAUAAAGCAUCACCAGUUGCUGAUGUGGGGAGCCAGGAGCAGAUUGCAGGAGGCGAGCCUAGUUCUGCUGAUGCAGAUAAGCCACCUGAGACUGAACCUUCUGAGGCUUCUGAAAGCACACAGUGCCCAGACGGACAUAACUGUCCUGGAGAUGAAAAUGUCCCUGCCACUAAUUCUGGUGCUGGACAAUGCCCAGAUGGACAUAACUGUCCUGGAGAUGAAAAUGACCCCACCACUAAUUCCGGGGCUGGACAGUGCCCAGAU